UGUGUCUGUAUAAAAACAGCUGACAAGGAAACACAGCUCAGUUAGUUUGUCGCUGUUUAGCACAGAAGUUGAUUUUUAUUUAUUCAUUGAUUUAUUUGUUUACUUUUUUUGCUCAUUAAUUUUGUUUUUAUAUUUAUUAUUCACUUUUUUCCAACAUGAUGAUCAGAAAAGACUUUGAGGAUUUCAGAGAUUACUUCAGAAAAACAAUCAGAAAAUUUUCACUGCUAAGCCUGGACAGAAGAACGUCACUCUUCCAUGUCGAGCUCCAAACAACAGCAGCAGCAUCACCGGUGUAGAGUGGAGCAGAGCUGACCUGGAAGAUGAAUAUGUGCUUUUGUACCAGGAUGACCAGCUUGAUACAACCAACCAGCAUCCAUCUUUUAAGAAUCAGGUGGAUCUGCAGGACAGACAGAUGAAGGAUGGAGACGUGUCUUUGAUUCUGAUGAAUGUGACGUUUAAUGACACUGGAACAUACGAGUGUCGCGUCAAGACAGGAAAUCAUCACAAGAAAAGAGCUAAUCUGGGUGGUGACCCCAUCAGCAUCAUCACACUGAGAGUUUUUCCUCCAUACCAGAAAGUCAUCACAGCUGAGCCUGGACAGAACGCCGCUUUGACAUGUCGAGCUCCAAACAACAACAGCAGCAUCACCGGUGUAGAGUGGAGCAGGGCUGACCUGGGAGAUGAAUAUGUCCUUUUGUAUCGGGAUGGGCGGUUCGAUCCAGAAAUCCAGCAUCCAUCUUAUAAGAACCGGGUGGAUCUGCAGGACAGACAGAUGAAGGAUGGAGACGUGUCUUUGAUUCUGAACGAUGUGACGAUUAAUGAUGCUGGAGCAUACGAGUGCCGUGUCAAGACAGGAACAAACAUAAGGAAAAGAGCAAAUCUAGAUGGUGACCCCAUCAGCAUCAUCACACUGAGAGUUGAUCCUCCAGGUCGACCAGAGGAUGGAUCUGUUGGAUUGAUCGUCGGUCUGAGUGUUACUGCUGUGCUUCUUGUUGCUGCUGUUGUUGGUUUUCUGGUCUACAAAAAACAUAAACAACAGCAGAGUCAGGAUUCAUACCAGCCUCCUGUUGAACUGUAGCAUGUUUGAAGAUGCAAGAGAUGCCUGUAUCACUAAGGCACCAAGCAGAGAUCUGACUUCAGAAACUAAAACAAUCACAUCCAUGUAGAAAACCAGAAGAGUUGCUUCAUUCCAAAGAGAUUUCACAGCAGAGACAAUGUUAAAGAAAAAGCCAACUGUUCCUCAAGUAAGAAAAAAUAACAGAUAAUCAAAAAGAAGAAAAAGGGCGGAGAACAAGUUGCAGUAAAUGUAUCAUCUGAAAAUGGAAAACUGCAAUUAUUUAAAUUGCAGGUUAUUUUAACCAUAAUAUGACAAUCCAAUUUAAGAAAAAAAAAAUUCUCCAGCAUCUGUGGAAGAGUCCUAAGAAAUUAGACCCAAAGUGAUCCAAGAAGGCUCAAAGAGAUUUUAACAACAGGCUGCUUGCAGUAGUAAACAAGUUUACAGUAGAUGCUGCAUAAUGUUGAAAGAAUUACUAAAGCUGAGACUGUUACUGUUAGCAUUGUUAACAACAUACAUUGUCAUGUAUAUAUUUCCAACACUGAGCAUUUUUGGCUUCUCAUGUAUUGGACAAUUGUAAAUUAUUAUAAUUAGUAGACAUGUUCAGUUUUGAUGGUGUGUGUUAAAUGUUUCAAACACACACAGGUUUUCAUCAUUUGAUUGUAUGUUUGGUCUGAGGCAGCUAAAUUAGUUUGUAGAGAAAAUGAAUGUCAGAUCUGUGUUUGUGAGCUUAGCCCUGCAUAUUUACAUUUCUGUGGAACACACAAAUUACUUUUUCAUAGUUUGGUUCUCAUCAGUAUCCAUGAGCUCAGUGCCCAGAAUGUUACAGAAUCAGAGCCAGUGAGUGUGUUUGUUUCAUCUUCAGGUUCAGUUAUCUGUGAGAUCAAACUCAUUCUGAGAGGUUUGAACCACACAGACUGAUCCUCAUGUGGAGAUCACAGACAGUAACAGUCAUUUUGACAGUGUCAUGAAACCAAAUCUAUGAAUGGUUUAUGUAUUAGACGGAUGUUUCCUCUGAUCUGUGAAACUUUAUUGAACUUUUCAUUUUAUGAACGACUCUUUGGUUGUUUUUUUUCUG